GCAGUCGAUAGGAGCCGCCUACUGCCGCCCACCGCCGCCAUGAAGUUCGCCCUCGCUCUCCUCGCCGUCGUAGGCCUCUCCCAGGCCGGCAGUCCAUAUCCUCCGAGCAGGUGGCAGCCGCGUCCACCCAGACCAUGCGGCCCCCCCCAUCAUCAAUUCCCCGCCCCACCGCCACCGCCACCGCCGGCUCCAACAGCGGCCGCACCGAACCAACUGCCCUCUCUCUCGCAGCUCCAGAGCUUGCUGAGCGCACUCGGAGCAGCUUCGACGACUGCUGCCCCGCUGGCAGUGACUGCUGCCACUCAGGCUCCAACUGCUGGAACACCGUCUCUUGCUGAAUUACAGGCUUUAUUGAACGCUUUGGGAAUAUCGCUUCCAGGCGCCGCUACCCAGGCUCCAGCAGUCGCUACCCAGGCUCCAGCAGUCACAACCCAGGCUCCAGUGGCAGUAGCUCCUACAACUGCCGCACCAGCUGGAACACCCACCGCCGCUCAAAUACAGGCCUUGUUGAAUGCAUUAGGAUAAAUUCAGGUUUCAGAUAUUUGUGGAUCACAAAGCAACUCAGAAUAAGUUCGAUCUUCCCUUAUCGAUCUACUUCAUUUAAUUAUGUGCUCAAAAUCUAAUAAAAAUGUUACUCAAUUAUUUUU